AUAUUAUAUAUAAGAGAAUUCAUUAGGGGGGGAUGGGGGCCAAAAUUUAUAUAUAAAACCGACUACAUGAACUCUUUAUCCACACAGAAAAAUUCCAAACCCCAUCCCACAAACCUAUUUUCGAAAUGGAGCACCAUAUGUGUCAUUUAAAGGAACUUAGCAGGGAUAUCUUGGCAGAUAUCUUUGUUAGAACUGAUGGUUCAACCCUGGCUUCUGCUGCCUGUGCUUGUUGUGAACUCCAUGAUGUUGCCCGAGACCAAAGCUUAUGGAGACAGUUAUGUCAGGCCACAUGGCCAUCUACUGCACUUGAAGAAGCCCAACAUGUUAUUUCAUCUUCACCCAUUGGUGGUUUUGACAAGUUCUAUGCCUACUCUUAUCCCCUAAUAUUACAUGCCAAAGGUACCAAACCUAUGCCCUUCAAAUGUCCAGAACUAAAAACCCAUGUUUCCCCUUCUGAACUUGCAUCGCUAGUAGAUGUCUACUACAGGAAAGAGUGUGUUCUAUCUAAAGUAUUAGAUGGCAUACCUGAAGCUAUGAAUUUUAGCCAUGCCAAAGAUAGUGAAUACAAUUGGAACAUGAACUCUAACGACUGUUGGAGAUGGUACUCAAAUUGCCCAUUUAAACUAGAGCUGUUGAGCCUUGAUUAUGACAAAUUCACAGGCUUUUACAAUGAACUCAGCUAUGCCAACAACGAAAACGACAAUCAUUGCCAUGGCCUUGAUGCCAAUGAUGAAGGAAGAGGCUUUCCAUCCACAUCAGGGGUUGAUGAUGAAAAUUUGAGACAUGAUUACAGCAUGGAGCUGAUGGAGAGCCUCAGGUUAAGUUGGGUGCUGCUCGACAAGAAAAACGGCAGAAGUGUUAAUCUCUCAAGCUGGAAGCCAUUGUUAGUACAGAAAACCUGGCCUUUUCAUGGGGUUUAUUUGAUUCACUUUGGAAGCAUUGUAGCAGUAGAGGAGAGCUUGCUGCCUCACAAGUUGUCCAAGUGCAUAAUAAUUGUUAGAUGCAAGAUGACAGAAGGUGAAGGGUGUCCAAAAUGGAUGGAAAUCAGCAUGCAAAUGGAGGACUUGACAGGGGCAAGUGUUAGUGGAAGUAAGGGCUUGAUGGUCCUGAAUCAUGCUCUAAACUGCUUGCAGAGUUCAAAUCACCUUGAAGUUGAACAGGGUUUUCAUCAGUAUGAGAAGAAAAGGAGAGAGAUGAUGAAGAAAAAACAAUUCAGAGAAACAUUAAUUGACAGUUUUUGUGUAACAAUUGAGAUUACCGUCUUAGUUGUUUUUUGUUACUAUUUUUUUAGUUUCUAACAUUUCUCUUCCAAAUCCAAUGCAAUCUUAUCAGCUCAAAACAUUUGUAAAACAUCUAAGCUGCACAACAGUUCUAUAUGGUUCAAGCAUUUAAAUCUUUAGACAGCAGCAGCAAAA